CAUUCACAGCUGCUAAGCCAGUCUGCCGAUACGUUUGUAGCCUGUGCUGUGAUGGUGUGUUUGAUAUUGUGUACACGUGGUUGCAAAGCUCGUUCAUGAAUAGUCGAGAUCAGUCGAGAUGAAAUAGCCAUACUCGGUGAUACACAUGUGGAGCUUGUGCACUCCUAUUCGAUUUUUUGACGUUGCAAUUUUUGUUGCAGGUUGUGCAACUGAUCCGAAUUCUCCGGGAGAUUACAUAUAUACGCACCCCCUACUAUCGGCUAAUUGAUGAGGAAUUCGCUAGGAGGAGAAGAGCUAUAUUGAAUGAAUUCCAUCCUCAAUACUGAUUGUAGCUAGGUUCUAAGGAAAUGCCCUCAGAAUGACAUGUGGUGAAAACAAGAUGGCCACGCCCAAGAAGAAGUCACCAUAUCCCAAAGAUGCGCGGUCUAAUUUCGAUCAAGUCAUUCCAAAAACCGAGAUACACGAGAGUGAUCUAGAGGUCAACGACCUUCGCCACAGGGGCGAGUCCAUUCUGUCGGGCUACAAAACCGAGAUCUCGCGACAACACGAUGAGAUCAAAAACCUUCAAGCUGCCGUCAAAGCAAAGGAGGAGUCGUUACGGCGGAAGAAUAUCUUAAUCAAGGAGCAAGAUGCCGAGAUAACGCGGCUUAACUCGGAGCCGCGAGUUGUGAGUAAGGAAAAAAAUGGCCAUUGUAAAAGUUGCGAUGAGUUACGAUCUGCCCUUGAAGAGUUUCAAGAAUUGAUUGAAAAGGACUUCAAUUUGGACAGCAUCAAAGCGAUGCUUGUUGAAAAGGAUAAAAAGUUGGCGGAGACGGAAAAAAGAUUGGCAGAGUCGGAAAGAAAGUCAGCGGGGAGUGUUGAGAGAUUGGAGGAGUGGAAGUUAAAGGUUACGUCUGCUCGGAAUGAGACUUUCACGUUGAAAAAAGAGGUUCGCGACCUGAAGAGAAGGAUUGAAUCGGAUGACGAUCGGUCGCCGGUGUUUACGAACGAGUAUAUUUCAUCUUGUAAGGAAUCGCUGCAGGCGGCUUUGGAAUCGGUGGCAGAGGCCAAUCCUGAUGAGGAAAAUGACGUUCUUGGUACGAUGAGAACUCGUACAGCAGCGCUGUGUAGUUAUUUUAAUCAGUUAUUAGGACACUGCCGCUCUUGUUCACGCCAAGACCAGGAUUCUGGGAUUGAAGAAUCUGACUCUGAAAAAAAGACUAAGUCGAAAGUUAUUUCGGGGAAGAUUUGCAGCGAUUGUAAAGGUUUGAAGGAGCGUUACGCUGCUUUAUGUAAUGUGAACGACCGACUCGUCGAGGCAUUGGUGAAAUAUGAGGACAUGACCUUGAUGCUGAAGGUCACGACGCAGCAUCAGCUGCUCUGGGGGCCGUCGUUCUCACGUGUCAUGAAGAUGAUAUCGAAUUUGAACAUGCCGCCGUGUACGGAUUCGUUCGCCAGGAAUUGGCAGGCGAUGAUAGUGCCGCAGCUGGAGAGGUUAAAGGUCAAGGUCGAGGAGAGAGCCGCACACGGACGUGACAGAUCGCGUACGGAUUCCUCCGCUACUGAAUCGAGCUCCCGAACAAACAAACGGAAACGCCGAUUGUCUGACUCAACCGACGCUGCCACUGCCAGUGAAGCUGAAGCGGUCCAAAAGAAGGGUAAGACUGCACUGCUGACUAGUGAGGUUGAGACGUCACAUAUGCCGGAUAACGUGUCACUUAGUAGGCCUGCCACGCCUGCUCUAAGGGCGCAUACGCCAGUGUCAAGGUCGCAAACGCCGCAGUCACGACCGGGCACAGUCGCCCCUAGUAUCGUCAGUGUUAAAUCGGAGCCAGUUCAUCAAUCUGAUGCAUCGCAGAUUGACGCUCCAGCAGACGUACCGAGAGGAGAGACAUCAUCCGCUUCAAAUCCAGGCAGACAGGAAGAGACACCUAGUGAUUCACAUCAAAACAACAAUCCGUACCGUAUUCAACCUGAGGUUCUGAAAAGAAUCCAGGCAGAGGCUCCGAGAAUCGUUGAGAAGGUUGAAGCAGCAGACGCAUCAAAUAGCCUAACGUCUGCUGCGAAUGUCAGUUUCACUCAAGGUUUGAUGCAGUGGCUGGAGAAGGAAUCGGCUGGCAUUCUCGAGCAGGCGGUACUGACGUCUGCUCAGGCAGAGGCAACUGGGAUUAGACGGGCGCCACAGGUUUCCUCGAGGCAUUCCAGAACCAGUUCGUUUACCCAAGAUUCACCUGGUGAUUCUGAUUUGACUGCUCAUAUCCAGGAAGUCUUUGCACGAGUAACAGGAACUUCUUCGCCUCAGAGUCAAGGCCAGUUCAUUUCUGCUGAAGGUCAAGGUCAGCCUGUUGCUAUGGAGUCAAAAAGGGGGGAUCCUGGAGGUCAAGGUGAAAGUUCUUUAAACUUUAUUAGGGUGGAGAAUAUGCUUGUGACAAAGUACAUAAUGUUGAUGGAUGAGAGAAAUAAAGUGCAAAGCCAAGGACCUAAAAUGGACAGACUAAACAUGGAGAUAAAAGACCUUCUUCAGCGAUGGGAGCGCUUGCAAGCACUCAGAGGAAAUAGUCCUUCAUCCGAACAGCUGACAACGACAUCAGAGCAGACGCUAGCCCCAGCCCGGAGACCACGGCAGACGACACCUGUUGACAAGCAAACGACACCAGUGUCUGGAAAUGAACGUAUCACCAUGUCAAUUGUCUCACCAUUGCCAGCGCCGUCAGUCGAACAACUUACCAAACGGUUGAAUAUAACAAAUAACUUCUUCUGUGGUACCCCACGUGUUCAUCAGAGUGUUCCCCAGCAUCCACACCCUAGCACUCUUCUGAAUACCACCGAGUCGCAGCCACAGACGCCCCCUAGUGUUGAGAAUGUGCUACAAGCUGUUACCCCCACCUCGGUGGUGACCCCUAUUAGUCAGACACAGAACAAUAUUCACCCAUCCAUGCCUCAUCUCGGUGGGCAACAGAUGCCGAUGAUGCCGCAGGCGACACCGCCAAUCCUCUCUCAUCUGUCAUCACAUGUGCAAUAUCUAAAUAGCCUGGUAACCCAGCAGCAUGGUAAUCGGCAGGUACAGCCGCUGCCGCACAUCGAUGUACCCACUCAACCUCAGCAAAGGUUUUUUCCGAACCCAACUGAGCAGUUAGAAACCAACCCAUCAAGGCGAACAUGGCAGAAUCUAUCUGGUUGUGGCACUCAAGGUCAAGGUCAAGGUAGUAGGGGUGUUGAGGCAUCUUCAAGUAAUCCGUCAGCAGUGACACGGGUCUCCUCCCAUGAACAGCGGAACUUUUCUGUAAACCAAGCCGGAAGAAGUCAAGGUCAGGUUCAAGGCUUUGGCCAAGGUCACGGUCAAGUACAACACAGUCAAGGUCAAGUUAGUAGGGGUGUUGAGGCAUCUUCAAGUAAUCCGUCAGCAGUGACACGGGUCUCCUCCCAUGAACAGCGGAACUUUUCUGUAAACCAAGCCGGGAGAAGUCAAGGUCAGGUUCAAGGCUGUGGCCAAGGUCACGGUCAAGUGCAACACAGUCAAGGUCAAGUUAGUAGGGUUGUUGAGGCAUCUUCAAGUAAUCCGUCAGCAGUGACACGGGUCUCCUCCCAUGAACAGUGGAACUUUUCUGUAAACCAAGCCGGGAGAAGUCAAGGUCAGGUUCAAGGCUUUGGCCAAGGUCACGGUCAAGUGCAACACAGUCAAGUUCAAGGUCAUGGUCAAGUCCAAGGUCAGCACCAGCAUGUUGAUCAACGUGGCGCUGUCCACUGGGUACCAAAUGAAUAUAGAACAUCACAACCUGGCCAACUAUUGACAGCUCGUCCACAGUUCUGGCUCCCUCCGCCGCCACCUCAGACCCCAUCAACAGUUAGGCAGUACCAGAACACUUUUAAUGUCAUGCGCAAAUGAAUAUUUGAUAAAGACAAAUGUUGCCCUUCAAAUGGGGACUAGGCAGGGGCAGGGGGGGUGGCCCUUUUCAGGUGACUAAUAAACACAGUAAGGGCCCUGGAUCAUGUCAGAUUCAUCACUAAAUAGUGUUUCAGCUGAAGAGUUUAAGCAGGACGCGGCACACCAGUUUCUGGAUAUACUUUAGUUUUUUACACUCUGGACGCAUUGUACCGGCCUCGUCCUGUCCAUGACGCAAUGGACUACCACAGGAGUCUGAUUUUUGGGGAUAGACGUAUAAGAGAUGUAGAGAGAUUACUAGUGAAGGAACACAUAUAACAAUUGAACGAUGGAAAAAUCUUAUUCUGUGUCCAAGAUGAUCGAUUUAGUUUGAGGAAUUUAAUUGCUGCGCAAACGGGCGACUUUCAUUGCUGCGACCUUGAUGACAACUAGCGGGUGAUUGUAGUGUAACCAAAUGACCCUCCCCUUCCAAUUCUCACUUGUACAACCAGGACAAGGAAUACCGGUAUACCACUGCCAAAACAAUCGGAACGCAAUCAGCUCCUCUGGUGUCAAGAUUGGCAGUUGGCUUUGACGUGGCGCGCAUGCGCCUGGCUUCGCCUGUCUUCAGUCCAGCCGCCAUGUUGUCCAAACAUAUUUUCACAACUUGCUCCCACAAAAACCGAAAAUAAUCACGGUCCUUCAUGUUCGAAUUGUACAAACCAACGCCAUGAUGAAAGCCUUACGUAUGACUACUACAUGUCAAGACAAACGCCAUGAUGAAAGCCUUAAUUGACACGAAUGCCAUUCGAAUCCGACUUUAUAUUUCCUUUUUGUCUGUAACCUUCUUCUUUCUUCUGUAUGUUUUCAAAGUGAAAUAAUAAACGUUAUAAUUUA